GAUCUUGGGGGUCAAGACUCGUUACGUACAACGUGGAAAACAUAUUAUAUAAGAACAAAAGCUGUCAUCAUGGUCAUUGAUAGUACAGAUAGGGAUCGAUUACAUAUAUCUAGAGUAGAAUUACAUACAAUGAUGGAAGAUGAG